ACCCCAUUUGAGCCGUUGAGUUAUCCAUUGAUCGUUGAACAUGGCGAACGAGAAAAGUCUCCCUCUUUAUGAUAAAAUUUGGGUGAAGCACACGUUUUCAAGAACAAUGGAUUCCUUGAUUUUGCUCCUCCUCUUCCUGCUUCUCGGUUAUCGUAUUUUCCUUGAUGACAGCAACACCUUCGCUUUCUUCGUUGCUGUCAUAUGCGAAUCAUGGUUCACUUUCGCUUGGAUUCUCGUCAUCAACACCAAAUGGUCUCCUGCAUACACCACAACCUACAUAGAUCGUCUCUUGCUUCGGGUACCUGAGCCUGAGCUUCCACCAGUUGACCUAUUUGUGACAACUGCGGACCCUGUUCUUGAGCCACCUAUCAUCACAAUCAACACUGUCUUGUCUCUGUUGGCACUUGAUUAUCCUACCAACAAGCUAGCUUGCUAUGUUUCUGAUGAUGGAUGCUCCCCUCUUAACUUCUAUGCCCUUCUCGAAGCUUCUAAGUUUGCCAAGCUUUGGGUACCCUUCUGUAAGAACUACAACAUUCAACUUAGAGUGCCCUUCAGAUACUUCUCUAACAACACCAACCCUGCAAACAAUGAAGAUUCACCAGAAUUCAUUCAAGACUGGCGAAGACUCAAGAAGGAGUACGAGGACCUUUGCAGUAAAAUUAUGAAUGCAUCACAAAAUUCGAUUCCACUUAUAGGAGAAUUUGCUAUCUUCUCCGAUACACAGCUUAGAAACCAUCCAACCAUAAUUAAGGUAAUAUGCGAAAACAAAGGUCUUUCAGACGAGUUGCCACACUUAGUCUACGUAUCUAGAGAAAAGAAGCAGGAACAUCCACAUCAUCAUAAAGCUGGUGCCAUGAAUGUGUUGACAAGAAUUUCUGGAGUGAUGACAAAUGCUCCUUUUAUCCUGAACGUAGAUUGUGACAUGUAUGUUCAUAAUCCAAAGAUUGUCCAACACGCCCUCUGCAUUUUACUAGAUUCAAAGGGAGAGAAAGAAGUUGCAUUUGCACAAUGUAUCCAGCAAUUCUACGAUGGACUGAAGGAUGACCCUUUUGGAAAUCAACUUGUGGCAAAGUUUAUGUACGUAGGUGGUGGGUUAGCAGGGAUCCAAGGUAUAUUUUACGUUGGAACAAAUUGCUUGCACAGAAGAAAAGUAAUUUAUGGCCUUUCUCCUGAUCAUCACAUUCCAAAUGGAAAGAAGCAUCAUGACAUCACAGAUGGGAAACUCUCAGAAAAGAAAAGAAUAUUUGGAAGUUCAGAGAGGUUUUUGGAAUCAGCUGCUAAUGCUUUGGAAGGGAAGACAUUGGCUUCCAAUGAUAAGAUUUGGAAAUAUGUUGAGGCAGCCAAAGAAGUUGGCAGUUCUGAAUAUGAAUACGGCACUGCUUGGGGUAAAAAGGUGGGUUGGAUGUAUGGAUCAAUAUCAGAAGAUGCACUUACAGGACUGAAAAUACACACACAAGGAUGGAGAUCGGAAACGUGUGCACCAGAACUUAUACCCUUUAUGGGUUGCUCACCUCAGGAUAUCAUAAGUGUAAUGAGUCAACAAAAGAGAUGGGCCUCAGGGUUGCUUGAGAUUCUCCUAAGCAAACACUGUCCAAUUUUUGGAACCCUGUUUGCUAAGCUCAAAUUCAGACAGUGCUUGGGCUAUCUUUGGGUACUCACUUGGGCCGUACGAUCUGUUCCUGAAAUUUCCUACACUCUUCUUCCUGCUUAUUGCAUCAUCAACAACUAUACUUUCUUGCCCAAGGAACCCGGGCAAUGGAUUCUUGUCACUAUGUUUGUGAUUUACAACAUAACUACUUUUGUAGAGUACUUGAGAACAGGGUUGUCAAUUCGAACAUGGUUGAACAGUGAAAGAAUGGCAAGGAUAACGACCACAAAUGCUUGGUUUUUUGGAUUUUUGCACAUCCUGCUUAAGGUAUUCGGAUUAUCAGACAGUGUGUUUGAAAUAACAAAAAAAGAGCAAUCAUCAUCCAAUGAGAGUGCUAAAGAAAACAAUGGUAGAUUCACUUUCAACAACUCUCACAUUUUUGUACCUGGUACAACUAUUUUGCUUAUUCAACUCACAGCACUGGUUACCAAGUUGUUGGGAUGGCAAGCACCUGUUAGAAAUGGUCAUGGAUCCGGCAUAGGAGAACUGUUUUGCUGUUCAUAUUUGGUUGUGUGCUACUGGCCAUUUUUCAAAGGUUUAUUUGGCAAAGGAAAAUAUGGAAUUCCCUUAUCCACGAUAUGCAAGUCAGUGGUGUUGACUCUUCUUUUUUUAUAUUUUUGCAGAGCUUAUCAAGGAUCGGGACAUCACUGCAUAAUUCAGAGUGCAGAGUUUGUGAGAGAGAUGGGUUUGAAUUGUGGCGGCGUUGUGGUGAGGUUUGGUUUGUGGGUGGCGGCGCUGUCCAUUGCCGGCUACAUAGUGGGUCCUCCUCUCUACUGGCACCUCGUCGAACUCCUCAACCAUUCUUCUUCUUCUUGCACUCCCUGCGUCUGUGAUUGUUCUUCCCAACCCAUCAUUUCCAUUCCCCAAUCGCUCAGCAACUCUUCAUUUGAAGAUUGUGCAAAGCACGAUCCAAAGGUGGAUGGAGACACCGAAAACAAUGUUGCAGAGCUACUGUCAGAAGAACUAAAUCUCCGGGAAACUGAAGCUUUGAAAAAUCAGCGUCGUGCUGACAUGGGUCUGCUGGAAUCUAAGAAGAUUGCAUCUCAGUAUCAAAAAGAAGCAGACAAGUGUAAUUCAGGAAUGGAGACAUGUGAGGAAGCCAGGGAAAAGGCUGAGAUGGCCUUAGUGGCUCAGAAGAAGCUCUCUGCAUUAUGGGAACUGAGAGCUCGUCACAAAGGAUGGCAAGAAGGACUUGCCAAAUCUAAUUCUCGCUCUAAAGGGAAACUGCACUCUGCUUAGACUGUUGUGGCCUACAUACUAGUUUCAAAUUAUAGUUAUAUAUAGUUGGGGUAGUAGCGAAUCAUCAUAGGUCCCAUACAACUCUGGUAUAUCCUUUAAGAGUCAAAACUGUAAAAUCCCAAUACAAAUGUCGCUGUAUUUCUAACCUCCAUUUUUGGUACUUACUAUAUAUUUAAGACAGUUGAAAGCUGAGAAGUGUUACGUUUUUGUGACAAACUUCUUACAUAACAAAA